GUGUAGGUUGUUGAGUAGUAUUAACAUAGUGUAGUUAGGGGUUAGUGUAGGUAGUUGAGUAGUAUUAGCAUAGUGUAGUUAGGGGUUAGUGUAGGUAGUUGAGUAGUAUUAGCAUAGUGUAGCUAGGGGGUUAGUGUAGGUAGUUGAGUAGUAUUAGCAUAGUGUAGUUAGGGGUUAGUGUAGGUAGUUGAGUAGUAUUAGCAUAGUGUAGUUAGGGGUUAGUGUAGGUAGUUGAGUAGUAUUAGCUUAGUGUAGUUAGAGGUUAGUGUAGGUAGUUGAGUAGUAUUAGCAUAGUGUAGGUGGUUAUGGUAGUGUACACGUUGUGGGAUAGUUUAUUAGGUGGUGUAAUUGCACUAAUAAAGCAUAUAGCCCAGAAUGUAAUAACAGGCAGCUCUCUGUUUAGAUGCCAUUCACCCUGCGAUAAUAUUGGAGAUAUGACAGCCCUGGCUGCUGGCUGAGCGUGCUGGGAGCGGCAGUCCGUCACAGCCUGCGGGCGCUGUGUGAGCAGCACGUCACUGGCAGCAGGACACACGGCUCACGGCGGCCGCUUCCACCAGGUCAAAGAGUUCAGCGGGGGACACGGACUGCCCGCCCCGAUCCCGGGCUCCUGCCUCCCCGCGGGGCCCUAGCCGCCCUCCCGGCACCCAGUGACCGCACCGCCCGCAGCCCCAGCCCAGGGGGGCCAGCUCAGGGCCGGCGCAGGUAUCUCCCCCGGCAGGCAGUCAGUCAGGCGGCGGGAGCUGCGUCAGGGGGAGGUGGUGAGGCUGCGUGUGAGUGCGCCGCUGGCAGCCCCGGAUCAACGAGUCCCUCCGACCCACCCCGAGCCCGGGGACCGAGCCAGCCGCCAUGCCUGGCAUGAUGGACAAACACACCGACUUCCUCGGCAAGAGCCGCCCCAACGGCACCAAGAGCCCGGCCAGCGCCUCCAACGGCCAUUACUCGGAGGAGAGCGGCAGCGACGACGAGCACGAUAUCGGCAUGAGGGUGGGAGCUGACUUCCAGGCCCGGAUCCCGGACUACGAGCCCGGUGCCACAAAGUACACCGAUAAAGACAAUGGAGGGAUGUUGGUGUGGUCUCCGUGCCAUAGUGUACCAGAUCUGAAAUUGGAUGAAUAUAUUGCAAUAGCAAAGGAAAAGCAUGGGUACAACGUGGAACAGGCUCUUGGCAUGUUAUUCUGGCACAAACACAACAUUGAAAAGUCCCUCGCUGACUUGCCCAAUUUUACUCCAUUCCCUGACGAGUGGACUGUGGAAGAUAAAGUUCUAUUUGAGCAGGCUUUUAGUUUCCAUGGAAAAAGUUUCCAUAGAAUUCAACAAAUGCUUCCAGAUAAAACCAUAGCAAGUCUUGUAAAAUAUUACUACUCCUGGAAAAAAACUCGAUCUCGUACAAGUUUAAUGGACAGACAGGCUCGCAAACUAACAAGCAAAAAUAACCCUGGGGAAAGUGAUGAUGAGGUGGAAGAAGCAAAUCCAAAGGAUGGGAAUGAUAGUGAUUAUGAGCCUAAGAAGGAAACCAAAAAAGAGAUAAGUACAGAGCCGUGUAUUCAGCCUGUCAAAGUGGCUCUGGGUAGAAGAGAGUAUCAAAGUUUACAGCAUCGGCAUCAUUCACAGCGUUCAAAAUGCCGCCCACCAAAAGGCAUGUACAUAUCCAAGGAAGACGUCGUAGCUGUCUCUUGUAGCCCGAACGCUGCCAAUACUAUUCUCAGACAACUGGACAUGGAAUUGAUAUCAUUAAAACGCCAGGUACAGAAUGCGAAGCAGAUUAACAGCGGACUCAAACAGAAGUUGGAUGGAGGGAUAGAUGAAUUUAAACCAGCUGAGACUAAUCAGAAAAUAAAUGCACGUUGGACCACAGAAGAACAGCUGUUAGCAGUGCAGGGUGUCCGCAAAUAUGGUAAAGAUUUUCAAGCUAUUGCAGAUGUAAUUGGCAACAAGACUGUUGGGCAAGUGAAGAACUUCUUUGUAAACUACAGGCGUCGGUUUAACUUAGAGGAGGUAUUGCAGGAGUGGGAAGCAGAACAAGGAACCCAGGCCUCUAAUGGUGAUGCUUCUACUUUAGGGGAUGACACUAAAAACACUUCUCAUGUGCCAUCAGGAAAAAGCACUGAUGAAGAAGAUGAGACUCAAACCAAUCAAACAACUCCUCCCACAGGCCUGUCACCUCCAGCACAGACCUCUGUUCCAGCCCCAGCAGCCUCGGUAACUGCCUUGAAUCAGCCACCACCACUACUUCGACCAACACUGCCAGCUGCCCCAGCACUCCACCGGCAGCCUCCACCUCUCCAGCAACAGGCACGAUUCGCUCAGCCAAGGCCCACCCUCAACCAACCUCCUCCACCGCUAAUCCGCCCAGCUAGUUCCAUGCCUCCUCGUCUAAACCCAAGACCAAUAGUGACCACAACAACUGGUCAGCAGCCACCAUCUCUUAUUGGGAUCCAGACUGAGCCACAGUCUACAAUGCAUUGAAAUACAGAAUGGAAAUAAACUUAGUCUUAAAAUACCAUUGUGAGAUGAGGCAGAUGUCUUGAUUUCCCUGUUUUAGGGACAAUUUAGAAUGCUCCAAAGCCAAUUUUAAUGAUGGUCAACUGUUUUCUUUUGUAAGUGGUUUUGUCUUUUUGUGUGU